ACAUCCAGCCUGGAAAAUCGAGCUGGGAAUGUCACUCGGGACCUGGGAAUGUCACUCAGGAGCUGGGAAUGUCACUCAGGAUGGUCCUGGCAAGGAUCAAACCCACCUGAUCAUAACCCCUCGUCCCUGCAUGGCAAAAAUGUUUGAGCGGGGCGCCAGGCUGGGCCUAAAACCCCCCGAAAUCUCUUUUCCGUGGACGUGUUAAUUGGGAACAAUGCCGGAUCCAGGGGCAGGAUCCAGGGCUGGAUCCAAAAUAGCCGGGGCUGCUCUUGUCCUUUUAUAGCCGUGCCCCAUCGCGAGCGGGGCACUGGGAGGGACAAGGUGCCACUUCCAGAGGGGAUAAAAUCCCACCCCAGCCCCGGGAUCUUCCUGCAGCAACAGCAGCAGCAGCAGCUCCUCUUUCCUGCCUUUCCCACCCUCUCCUUCUCUCCUUCCCAAGUCUGCCAUGGCUCCCAAGAAGCCCGAGCCUAAGAAGGCCGAGCCUAAGAAGGAGGAACCCAAGCCAGCGCCUAAACCGGCAGAGCCGGAGCCCAAGAAAGAAGUGGAGUUCAACCCGGCGUCGGUGAAAGUGGAAUUCAGCCCCGACCAGAUUGAAGAGUUUAAGGAGGCGUUUUCCCUUUUUGACCGGACCCCCAAGUCGGAGAUGAAAAUCACCUACGCCCAGUGUGGAGACGUCCUGAGGGCUUUGGGGCAGAACCCCACCCAGGCCGAGGUCAUGAAACUGCUCGGCAGACCCAAACCUGAAGAGAUGAAUUCCAAGAUGAUCGACUUCGAGACCUUCCUGCCCAUGCUCCAGCACAUCGCCAAGACCAAGGACACCGGGACCUACGAGGAUUUUGUGGAAGGGCUCCGGGUGUUCGACAAGGAGGGCAACGGGACCGUCAUGGGCGCCGAGCUCCGCCACGUCCUGGCCACGCUGGGGGAGAGGCUGACUGAGGAGGAAGUGGAUAAAUUGAUGGCUGGACAGGAAGACGCCAACGGCUGCAUCAACUACGAAGCUUUUGUGAAACACAUCAUGGCUAACUGAGCCCAGGACAAGACCAAGGAUUCCGGAUACCGGCCUUGGAUUUCCACGGGCUGGAAUUUCUCCGUGUUUUUCAGCCCAGAUUCCCAUUCCAGAGCUCCAAAAUGUGCCUAAAUCCCUAAAGAGAUUUGGAUAUUUUUGUUUUGUUUGCCUUGUUCCUGCACGGGAAGAGGGUGGAUCCUGUGGAGAUCCAACAGGAGAAACUGGAAUGUGAAAUACGAAUCCCUGGGAAUUCCUUUAGGAUGAAGGAUAUAUACAGAAAUAUAAAACUGAGGAAAAGGGAGGAAUUCUUUCCAUUAAUAAAUCCAUCCAAAAAUUGAUUGAUCCCUUUUUCCAUCCCGAACUCCACUUUUCACCCUGUGUUUAUGGGACAUCCGUAUAAAUCCAAGGAAUAUCCUUCACCCUUAGGGAAAAACCUGUGGAAUUCCCAGAAAUUAGCACAAACAAAACCUUGCUGACUUUUUUCCUCUGCUUUGGAUGAUGGAAAAUAAAGGAUAAAAAAAGCUUUAAAAAUUUCAAAUUAAAGCAAAAAUUUGCUAAAAUCCAUCUUUUCUCCACGAGGAUUCCUUCCCAUUCCAGUAAUUUCCCUAGGAACAAGGAAAAGUCUUCCCCAAAGGAAACUGGAAGUUGUUCUAAUAACACAUCUCGGUCCUGGAG